UACAGCCCGGUAAGGCACAAUCAAAGCUCUAGGGCAAUAAGGGGUGGCAGCUGCGGCUUCCGUAUUUGACUGUUUACACGUGGUUAGCAGUGAGUUUUAAACCUAGAAAUGGAGAACCCCAAUAUACGACAACUGAAGCUGGAAAAUCAGCGAAUCCUUUUGAUGAAAAAGCAGCAAAAGAAGAGGGCUGAUUUUCAAAUGGUGGUAGCCAAUCGGGACUCUCGUCAAAAGAACCGAAAGCACAAAGCUGCCUGUUGUGAUGAAACACCCCUUUUAAUCAGCCAAUCCCUGAGCAGCACUUCCCUGAGUGAUCAAGUUGAACACGCUCAUGAUAACCCACUGGAUGUGAUCACAUUGGGUGAAUGUGACAUGACUACAAACAGCGUGUUAGAUGAUAUGCCUUUAAUGAAGCCUGCUAUCCCCAAGAAAAUGAACUUGGAGAUUGACAAAGAGCCUGAGGUGAAAAGUGAUGUGGAGAAUGACACUCAGGUGGAGGGAAAAAAUACAAAGAAGAAUGACAAGAAAAAAGAAAAAGGCAAACAAGUGGAACACAAUAAGAAAAAAGAGAAAGAAAAGGACCAGGAUGAGGAGAAAAAGGAGAAAAAAACAAAGAAGGAGAAAGUGAAGGACACACUGAAGACAAACAAGACAACCAAACAAGAGAAGAAGCAAUUGCAGGAGGUUUCAACCCAAGAGACAGAAUCACCAAUGGAGGCGACAAGUCCAAAAAAGAAUAAACAUGAUGAAAAUGAAGAAGAGGAAGAUAGGUCCCAGAAAACUGAAUCACAGUUGUCUAAGAGGAACAAACAGCUUGACACAUCAAGGUGCCAGAUAAGUGGCGAGAGCAAAGACGAGGAAGUCCAAGAAAAAGAGAAAAGGGAGAAAAAGUCAACCGAAGCAGAGAAAACUACACCGAGUCUAGCAUCUCUUAACUCUAACUACAGGAGGAGUUCAUCCUCAGGCAGUGAAUCUAAUGAAAGAUCAGCUUCUCCAAUGUCAGUGGAGGAUCUUGAGAAGUUCGCUUUGCGUCCAGCCCCGAGAGACAUAACGAUCCAGUGCAGGGUCACCAGGGACAGGAGAGGCAUGGAGAAGGGCAUUUAUCCGACUUACUACCUCCAUAUGGAAAAGGAGGAUGGGAGAAGGGUAUUUCUAAUGGCAGGAAGAAAAAGGAAGAAGUGCAAGACAUCCAACUAUCUCAUCUCCACUGACCCAAUAAAUCUGUCCAGAGACACAAACUGCUACAUAGGAAAACUAAGGUCCAAUGUUCUGGGUACAAAGUUCACAGUUUAUGAUGGGGGAGAAAACCCAGAGAAAAAGCCCUUCAUCAAAGAGUGUGAAUCAGUGCGGCAAGAGCUGGCGGCAAUUUGCUAUGAGACCAAUGUGCUGGGCCUCAAGGGUCCAAGGAAAAUGACAGUGAUCCUUCCUGGCAUGUUGGAGAAUGAUGAAAGAGUGUCGAUUCGUCCAAAAAAUGAUCUUGAGACUCUACUGGUCUGCCAUAUGAACAGCAACACAGACAAACUGGUCACCCUGGUGAACAAAUCCCCAAGCUGGAACGAACAGACUCAGUCGUAUGUGCUGAACUUUCAUGGACGUGUCACCCAGGCCUCAGUCAAAAACUUCCAGAUCAUCCACCCUGAUAAUGAAGACUACAUAGUGAUGCAGUUUGGCCGUGUGGCAGAGGAUGUCUUCUCCAUGGAUUAUAGUUUCCCCAUGUGUGCCCUGCAGGCCUUUGCCAUCACCCUGUCAUCCUUUGAUGGCAAACUGGCCUGUGAGUGAUCCAUGUUAGAAUGCCUCAAAUAGAUCCCUGUUCUAGAUAGAAAUGUACAGGUAAAACUAUACCCAGUAUUUUCCAGAGGGUCAUGUUUAUGUUUUGUAUCCUGGUGCAAUUUAACACUUUGUAUAUACCGGUUAAUUUAAUGGUCUUUCUUUUGAUAUUUUCCAGAUGUGUAAAGGACAACUGUGUAAACACUACCAGUGAAAUAUUAAAUGAUAAUAAUACAGUGUUUGCACUUGUGCAAAUUGUUAUUUAGCACUGUGCUGCAUGUCCCUUGGUGAAGGGCUUUAACAUUUACUAGUGAUUUUCAGUAGACUUUUCCAAGCCCCAUACAAAUUUGUGCUGCUGCAAUCAUCUUCUGAUUACAUCAUUUCCAGCUGAAAGUGGCCUCUCUAUCCAUUUCCUAUCAUCUUCAAGUCUUUAUCACAAAAAACAUUUUUAGCAAAGCACUAAAAACAUAAAAAGCACUUAUAUCAGAUGCAGAGGAAAUGCAACUAGUUGUGGAUAGAGCCAAACAUAUCAUGGUUUCUGCUCUUGCACAAUAUAAUGAUUUGAAAAUGCUUCCAUCUCUCAAAAGCUUCAUUGCUCAUGUCAAACACAUUUUCAUUAGAAGUUCAUAUCACUUCAUAUGAGGCGACGGAAAGUCAUUUGGGUUUCAACUCAUAAAAAUAGGCCUCUGUGAUGCUCUGUGGUAAAGUGAGAAGAUAGAAGAGCACAUAUAUUCUUGAUAGCGAAAACCCAAAUUAAACUGAAACACUGACGAGAGCAUUUAUGUGACGCGUUGUUCACUUGUUUAUGUUCAAAUGUUCAAAUGUGAGUAUUGCUUUCUUAAACUUUAACAUUUUCUAGUACUUGCAGCAACACCUCAGGCCCCUGUGCCACAAAAGAUCAGUCUUGUGAAAUGCAUGUAUUUACAAUUCAUGUUUUUUCUGAAUCACACUUGAAUAAAUCUGA